AAGAAUCAUGGAUCAGUCACGAAUUGACUCGUUGUGUAAAUGAUAAGGGAAAUUUAUCGAGUUUAAAAUUAGGUUUUUCAAAUAUAAUAACAAAAAUAAAAAAUAUGUGUUUUAGUGCUUAAAUUUGAGCCCUAGUUAUUUUUCAAUCAAUCGUGUAUAAAAAUAUCAUCGUAAAAUAAACCUGCGACAUAUUUAGAGGUCACUUACUGUGUUGUGAUUUCGAUAAGUUGAGAACUUGUGGAAUCGAUGUAUUUGUGACGUAAUAAUAUUAAAAAAAGUGCGAUUUGUUGGUCUACAAUGGCAGAAACAAGUGAAGCAAAACCUAGUCCUUCGGCUCCGGGAGGUGAUGCUGGCGGAGAGGAAGAGAAACGCGACGAACGAAUGUUAGAAUGUAACAUCUGUCUUGACACGGCUAGAGAUGCUGUAGUUAGUAUGUGUGGACAUCUCUUCUGUUGGCCGUGUCUGCAUCAGUGGCUAGAAACUAGACCAAGCCGACAAGUAUGUCCUGUCUGUAAAGCAGCUAUCAGUCGAGAUAAAGUCAUACCUCUGUAUGGACGAGGUAAUACCAAGCAAGAGGAUCCAAGAAAUAAGGUCCCUCCCCGUCCAGCAGGCCAAAGGACAGAGCCUGAGAAUAACAGUGGAUUCCCAGGCUUCAGUUUUGGAGAGGGAUUUCACAUGUCCUUUGGAAUUGGAGCCUUCCCGUUUGGUGUAUUUACAUCAACAUUUAAUUUUGGAGACCCAAGGCCUAGUGCUGCACCUCGGGGCACUGCGCAAUAUGAAGAGGAGCAGUUUCUAUCGAAGAUAUUCUUAUGGGUGGCAAUCCUUUUUGUUCUGUGGCUGAUUUUCGCAUGACCCGAGGGGGUGUGCAGGGAAGUGAAAGCCGGGGGCUACACUAGCCUCCCUAUGGUGCUACACGACUGACUCCUUACUCAUUCAUAAAAAGUUCAAUUUAUUUAAGUAAAACCAUCUAGAAGUAUAUGAUUAUGGUGCAAGCUUAUUUUAUCUCCCUGCUGGUAGAAAUAUAACAUCUAGAAAUCUAUGAAAGUCAUCUAUCUGCCUUUGGGCCGGUUUGUUUGAAGUACCAACUUUUUAAGCUAUUUGGUUUCACCAUAAAAUUUAGACUUCAAUUAUUAUCAAUGGUAAAAAAUAUACCAUUUUUUUUAAACUUACAAAAAACGAGUAGAGACAUUUAACCACUACAUUCAAGUAUUUAUUUUCCAAGAUGUUUUAAUCACCCAUAAACCUACAUAAAUCACCCAAUUCUAGAAAAUAUUACAAGUAAUACAAUUCAAAAUAUUAUUAAAAUACACAGCCACUAGUGUUUGACGGUGACAUUGCCUAAUUUAACUUUAUUUAAUAUAUUGAAGAGAAGCCUGUCAUUUGACCUUAGUCAUUUGAUGAAUAUUUAAAAACAUGUGAUAAGCAAACCAAACCGUACAUUGGUUCACUAUUUGCAGAUAUAAAAAUAUUCUAUAUUGUUAUGAAUAAAAAUAGGAAUUUCAUUAUAAAUAAAAUUGAAAUAUUGCCUUUUUAUGUUUUUUUUUUGUGAAAUCAUAAGUUUACUUAAUUAGUUACUCUUUAAACAUGUUAGCAUAAUUUAAUAUACCUACUUAUACUUAGACUAAAUUAUAAGUUCGUAAAAUAUACAUUAAAUACUUCUACUUUGUUCCUACAAAGUUAUAUUGUUGAUUUCACUAUCUUGCAUCAAAAAUGUAUUCCAUACAUUUCCAUCAUCCUUUUUCUUUGAUAGGUCAGUUAAUACAAAAAUCAUCUUAAAACUAUGAAAGUUUUUAGGGUAUUAAGACAAGUGAUAAUUUAUUUCAUGAGAAUGAGAUAAAAAAACGCAUUUCUUGAAAAUCUGUAAGACUUAGAUUAGAAACUGAUGCUUCAGUAGCGCGUAAGCCAGGUUCAAGAUAUGGCUGAUUUAUUUUAUAUAUGUAUAUAAUUGGGCAUAAUUUUAUUGUGUAAAUAAAUAAAUUUCAUAGAAGCAAAUGAAAAACUUGUUUUAGAUUUGCCUUAACAGUUUUCGUCAUUUACCUUGAAACUAAUCGACAAAAACGGAAACAUUAUUUACUUAUUUUUUUCUCUUCCUUAUGUCAGAAAUUAAGGAGAUAGUAAAUUUUCAGGGUAGGUUGAUGAUAAUUUUAUAGACUAUAUUCAAUAUUGUUUACAAUUGACUACGGUUUUAAGUAUAACCGGUUAUUGCAGUGAAGGUGACGCUAAUGUUAAUAUGGGUGGAAUGAGGUUUUUGUAUAGGUGAGCUUAAUAUUUGCACUAAGACGAAAUAACUUAGGGCCUGUUUCACAAUGUCCGGAUAAGUUCCAAAUAAGCUAUUUAUUACAUAUUAGAAGGAUAUUGUUGCGUUUUAAGACUGAGGUAGCGCGAAAUUUCUUCGGAACUUUUAUCUUCCGAAUUUAUGUGUGGCAUAAUAAUAAUAGCCUUUAUUCAGAUACAUUUUACAUUAUAUAUAAAUUUAAACAAUUUUCCAGUGUAAUCCUCUUCUUGUGUAUCUGUGUGCCUUUUUUUGGUAAAGGCCUCCUCCAAAUCCCGCCAUUCCUCUCUGCCAUGUACCACCUGCCGUUUCUUUAAUGUGUGGCAUAGUUAUUUGGUAAUUUAUCCAUACAUUGUAAAACAGACCCUGAAUGGCAUAUUCUAAAAGGCUAGCGUUAAAAUUGUCAGUACUAGCCUUUUAAAACUUCAUUGCAAAUCAAUGUAUUUAAAUUAUAAGCUCAUAAAAGCCAUAUUUUUGUCACUUGAAUAGAAUUGUAUUUAUUGUAUUGUGGUGGGAUAGUUGACGCCUAUUAUUAUUAGACUAAGUUUAAUUUAAUUGCAGCAGAAAAACUUAUUAAAACUAUUAUUCGUUUAAUUAUUGCAUUUAAUGUAAUUCAUUUCGCGUAAAAUUAACGACAUACAUACUUGUAAAUAGUAUUCACUUUGCGAAUUGUAAUAAAGUUUUAUUGAGGC